CACAGAUACUUCUGUCUUACCUCACGCUUCCAGCAACGCUUUUAGUGGUCGACGAUCGGUCACUAGCUCUUACUCUGACUAGUCUAAACUAGUUCACAUCACCCCUAUCUCACCUGCUCAUACGCGACCAAAACGACAACUUCAACGCCCGUCAUGGGUAGUAUAUCUGACAAAAUGACGACUCUGGACGUGAAUGGUCCGCCUCCGUUUGGCUCAGCGGCUACCUCCGACACUCAUCUUCCGCACCCCGAAAAACUCGCAGUCGAGCCAACAAAAAUCGACGAUGAGGCACCUUUCGACCUUGAGUCUGUAACGGAGGCCGAGCGGAAGAAAGUACUGCGAAAGAUGGAUUGGAAGUUGCUUCCUUUCAUUUCCUUCUUGUACUUGCUAUCUUUUUUGGAUCGAGCUAAUAUUGGCAACGCUAAAAUUGCUGGUAUGGCCCACGACUUGAAACUCGACGGCUUGAAGUACAACGUCAUCGCCGCUGUGUUCUUCAUCCCGUACGCACUGGCAGAAGUACCUUCAAACGUCUGCCUCAAACUCUUCCGACCUUCGCGAUGGAUCCCUUCCAUUAUGGUCGCUUGGGGUCUUGUUAUGACUCUCAUGUGUCUCUGCAAGACAUACGAAGGCCUCAUUGUUGCUCGUGUUUUCCUUGGAUUGACUGAAGCAGGAUUGUUCCCUGGAAUCACGUUCUACCUCUCGCUAUGGUAUCGUAGAAAGGACAUGUCCCAGCGUAUUGCUAUCUUCUUCUCCGCCGCGACCAUCGCUGGUGCAUUCGGUGGAUUGCUCGCAUAUGCCAUUGAACAUAUGGAAGGCAUUGGUGGGCUUUACGGCUGGCAAUGGAUUUUCUGUCUCGAAGGAAUGGCCACCGUCGUCUUCGCCUUUCUCUCCUACUUCUUCAUGUACGACUGCCCCGAAGAUGCCAGCUUCCUUACACCAAGAGAACGCAAGAUCGUGGUUACGAUGUUGAAGGAGGAUAAGCAGGGUCUUGCUACGGAUUUCAAGAUGGAUUAUGUCUGGCAGGCGAUGAAGGAUAGGAAGACCUACCUUCAGGUUGGCAUUUAUACCGGCUUGUUGGUGCCUGUCUAUGCCAUCUCGCUGUUCACCCCCACUAUCGUCAACGAACUCGGGUUUGAUGCUGCUGUUUCUCAGCUCCUUACUGUCCCGCCGUUCUUCUGCGGCUGCGUUGCCACUCUUAUCAUUGGUAUCCUCUCAGACAAAUACCACAAACGAGGACCAUUCGUCGUGGUUGGCUGCUCAAUAUCCUUAAUCGGCUACAUCAUCCUCAUCUCUCAAAACACUGUUGCGGGCUCGUACGUCGGUGCCGUCCUCGCUGCUACCGGCGUCUAUCCCUGCGUACCUGUUACACUCGCCUGGGCGGGUUCGAACUCGGGAGGAGACAUGCGUCGUGGCGUCGCCCUCGCCAUGGUCAUCGGGUUUGGUAACCUUGGAGGAAUCUGCUCCUCGUUCAUCUACAUCAAGCCACCCCGGUUCUUCCUUGGUCACGGUAUGAUCAUUGGAUGGUUGUGCCUUGCGAUUAUGUUCGCGUGUGCGGCGAUGUAUGAUUAUAAGAGGCAGAAUGCGUUGAAUAAGGCGAGGUGUGAGGCGGAGGGGAUUGAUGAGAGUCGUGAAGCCGAGUUUGUACAUUUGGGGAAUGAUAGUCCUCUUUUCCACUAUACCAUUUAAAAAUCUCCAUUCACUUGCAAAAUUUCAUCUCAAGCAAGAGUCAACUCCCAUCUCAUUUAUUCAUGCCUACGUAUACCACCUUCGAUCUUCUUUUUAACGGCCUUGUGUCGGCGGCGCUGUGGGGUUUUUGAGGCUGGUGCAAGGGCCAGUACAUUUUCGACUAGCAUUUUCUCCUUUCAUGGUCUUCUUUUACGCCUUUCGUAACGAUUCCUCCACGGACCUUGGACUAGUAGAACGACCACCAACGCGAACAAUUAGAAUAGGAUAAAGUAGAAGUGUACUAGUAUCAAUAUCACUAUCGUACUCGAGUGGAGUUGUAAUAUAGUUCGAACUUCGAUUGCAAUUUCUGCGUUU